UGCUCUCCCCUUCUCUCUGCCCUCUCCUCUUUUCCGCUCCGAACCAUACCCGAAAGAAGAAGAAGAAGAAGAAGAGAGAGGAGGAAAAGGAGCAACAGAAUGCUGGAAGAAUCCAUCCUAUCAAUCUUGGCCUCCGUGUACGGAUGGUUCACGCCGGCCGUCCUCUUCGUUCUCCUCAACCUAGUCAUCGGAACGAUCGCCGUCGCCUCCAAGUCAUCCGGCACCGGCCACCACCAUCAGUCCGGACCCGAUGUAGACGACGGUGGCCAAGCCUACCCCGGCCGCUUUCUCCCCUACUCCCUCUCCCGAUCUCCCUCCGUCGUCCUUGAUUGCCUCCGCUCCUUCAACCUCCACCGCUACCGCUCUGGCGACAUCCCUCCUCCCUUGGAGCCCGCGCCCACCACCCGAGCUGAGGUCCUGUACGAGACUCCGAACCCGGUGGCUGAGGCGGAGGACGAGCACCAGCAGCAGCAGUAUUUCGGUCGGAGUCAGUCGGACGCGCAACCGACGGCGGGGGAGAUGCCGCCGAAGCUGCCGGUGCGGAUAAAGAAGUCGGCCAGCGAGAAGUCGGCUUUCGCGCACUUCGAGGAGGCGGAGGUCGAGGCGGCGGGGAGGGACGCAGUGGAGGCGGAAGGCAGUGGCGGCGGGGAUGAGGUGGACGCACGGGCGGACGACUUCAUCAACCGGUUCCGGCAGCAGCUGAGACUGCAGCGCUUGGAGUCCAUCGCGAGAUACAAGGAGAUGCUUACCCGCGGAUCUUAGCAAAACAAUUAGUCAUGCGCCGACGACCGCUGACUUCAAAAUCUCAAUCAGAAAUAGCAGAUAUUUGGAACAGCUGUACCACCUGUGGUUGGGCGCGAUAUUAUUUGUAGACUUUGGACGGUUGUGAUAGAGAGUUGCGCUAUUCUUUUUCUUUUUCAAAUCACAAAGCACUCUCUCUGUGUGCUUUGUCCUUUUUGUUUUGUUAGUAUUAUUUUACCUUUGCGUCUUUGGAAGUUGUGGUUUCUGUUGUCGGUUGCCGUGAGUGCUCUCCAGUCGAGAUGCGAUUUAAAAAUAGCCAGGGAGCAGUGUUUGCAGUCGAGAGAGAAGCUACAUGGUCAAAACAACGGAUCCAUCCAUCCAUCCAUAUUGGCAUGACAAUCUUGUCCCGAGCUUGAUUGUAAAUUAAUUUGCUACUGAACUUAAAAGUGUCAUGACUCGUAGAUUUAGAAUAUAUAUAUAUAUAUAUAUAUAUAUAGUUGAACGGAGGCUAAUGGAUGGUCGAUUAUUUGUA